CUCGAGGUUGCAUUCAGGCCGCCUGGCAAACCUAUCACACUCACUUAAAAUAUGGAAGUAAGAACUCUGCUGUUCCUGGUGUGUUUGCCAGCGCUCAUCACUGGUACUCCCUCGAAACAAGCAAAACAUGACUUCAAAAGUACUUUACGUCACAAUAUGAAAGGAUAUUUUAAGAGUUACACGCUUGGAAAUUUCAAAGGAGUCUAUGACAAGGAGUUUUACACGCUAAAGAUAAGCAAAUGGUUAAGUGAAGAUGUGUCAGAGAAUACACCCCAUGUACACGAAGAAACAGAGCGCCCACUACUGGCUGCUAAGCAAGAACCAGGUUUAAGACAGGAGUGGCUAAAUAACGGAAAACCAACAGAGCCCCAGUUACUUGCCAACUUCAAACACCAGGGAACCGAUCAACCAUUACUGGCUGCCAAGAGAGAACAGUUGUCAAUACAGGAGUGGUUGAAUAAUGAAAAACCAACAGAGCCCCAGUUGUUGGCAAACUUCAAAUACGAGGAAACUGAACGCCCACUACUGGCUGCCAAGCAAGAACAACUGUCUGUACAAGAGUGGCUAAAUAAUGCAAAACCAACAGAGCCCCAGUUGCUUGCAAACUUCAAAUACGAGGAAACUGAACGCCCACUACUGGUUACCAAGAGAGAACUGUUGGCGCAAGAGUGGUUGAAUAAUGCAAAACCAACAGAGCCCCAGUUGCUUGCAAACUUCAAAUACGAGGAAACUGAACGCCCACUACUGGUUACCAAGAGAGAACUGUUGGCGCAAGAGUGGUUGAAUAAUGCAAAACCAACAGAGCCCCAGUUGCUUGCAAACUUCAAACACGAGGAAACGGAACGCCCACUACUGGUUACCAAGAGAGAACUGUUGGCGCAAGAGUGGUUGAAUAAUGCAAAACCAACAGAGCCCCAGUUGCUUGCAAACUUCAAAUACGAGGAAACGGAACGCCCACUACUGGUUACCAAGAGAGAACUGUUGGCGCAAGAGUGGUUGAAUAAUGCAAAACCAACAGAGCCCCAGUUGCUUGCAAACUUCAAACACGAGGAAACGGAACGCCCACUACUGGUUACCAAGAGAGAACUGUUGUCGCAAGAGUGGUUGAAUAAUGCAAAACCAACAGAGCCCCAGUUGUUGGCAAACUUCAAAUACGAGGAAACGGAACGCCCACUACUGGCUGCCAAGCGAGAACAACUGUCUGUACAAGAUCGGUUAAAUAAUGCAAAACCAACAGAGCCCCAGUUGCUUGCAAACUUCAAACACGAGGAAACGGAACGCCCACUACUGGUUACCAAGAGAGAACUGUUGGCGCAAGAGUGGUUGAAUAAUGCAAAACCAACAGAGCCCCAGUUGUUGGCAAACUUCAAAUGCGAGGAAACGGAACGCCCACUACUGGUUACCAAGAGAGAACUGUUGGCGCAAGAGUGGUUGAAUAAUGCAAAACCAACAGAGCCCCAGUUGCUUGCAAACUUCAAAUACGAGGAAACGGAACGCCCACUACUGGCUGCCAAGCGAGAACAACUGUCUGUACAAGAGUGGUUAAAUAAUGCAAAACCAACAGAGCCCCAGUUGCUUGCAAACUUCAAAUACGAGGAAACGGAACGCCCACUACUGGUUACCAAGAGAGAACUGUUGGCGCAAGAGUGGUUGAAUAAUGCAAAACCAACAGAGCCCCAGUUGUUGGCAAACUUCAAAUACGAGGAAACGGAACGCCCACUACUGGUUACCAAGAGAGAACUGUUGGCGCAAGAGUGGUUGAAUAAUGCAAAACCAACAGAGCCCCAGUUGUUGGCAAACUUCAAAUACGAGGAAACGGAACGCCCACUACUGGUUACCAAGAGAGAACUGUUGGCGCAAGAGUGGUUAAAUAAUGCAAAACCAACAGAGCCCCAGUUGCUUGCAAACUUCAAACACGAGGAAACUGAACGCCCACUACUGGCUGCCAAGCAAGAUCAGGAGUUGAAACAGGAAUGGUUAAAUAAUGCAAAUCCAUCUGGACCUCAGCUGCUUGGAAACUUAAUGGACGAAGGAACCAUUCGCCCUUUGCUGUCUGCCCACCGAGAGCAGCAGUUGUCGUAUCGUCCAGUACAGGGAUCCAGUGAUGGAAAAAUGGAAAAUACUGAGGGUAUUUUGGCAUGGUUGCGUGCAGCUUCGGGUCUUCGACAGACGCCAAGUGAUGACAUUGAUUCUUCCCUUCAGUCAUUUAUCGAUGUUCUCAACAUUUCCCCUGAUGGUUGCAGUGCAGCACACAAGCUACCGAUGUCCGAUCACCAUGCAGACAUAUCUCUGCUCGGGGUGACUCCAGUUUUUAUGAAUCUGUUCUGGCCCUUCCGGUUUGACAUGAAUGCAAUGAACCAACGUCUGGCUGCUUAUGGCUUGACGAACAAAGUUAUCUCUGAAAACAACGAGACCUUGAAAGAAGAUUUCUUUCGGGAACUUCAAGAAGUGCAGGGCAUGCGUCUCCCGGUGAAAGGAAACCAGAUCGUGUUAAGCUUCGGGGACGCAGAUGUUGUUGACGGACUGAAGCGAAUCAACAUUGUACCAGAUGCCGAGGCGUAUACUAGAGCUGGGAAACAUCUCUACACUAGGGAGGAACAAGACCGGAUACGACUGCUGGCCAACAAGGCGCUGGACUUAAUCAACAAAACCCACGAGGAGCUGUAUAGUGCAAUGGUUCAAAUGGUUUCUUGCAUUGCCUUCUUCAAAGACGAAUCUGACAAGUACACCAGUGGAACGGUCAACUCUGCCUUAGGGGUAAUAUGGUUGGAUCCACGGGACGAUUGGACGCUUCCAUUGAUGGCAGAACAAAUAGUUCACGAGUUCAUACAUACGACACUGUUCUAUACUGAGCUCGUCCAGGGUGGUUACAAGGACACGUCCCGAGUAACAGAAGCCCUAGUGUUGUCUGCUAUCAGACAGGAACCCAGGCAGUUCGACAGAUCUCUACAUGCUGCCUAUGUAUCAGCUGGUCUCAUCACCUUCCACACCAGGGCCGGCUUCUUCGACAGAGCAGCAAAACUUGCCCAGAUGAUGCCGGAGGCUGUGCAGGAACUGAACAGGGUCAAUGCUGAGACUGACGUCCUGGAUGAGGCUGGUCGUGCCAUGCUCAAUUUCCUCACUGAAUAUGUGUGUCUCACCCGCAUGUAAUCUUGUCGAGUCUGCUCAACCAAUAAAUGUCAAUGUCA